AUGUCUAGGGGGUCUAACCUGUCGGGGUUAGAUAUGAAUUCUUCGUCAGAAAACGACUCGUCAAAUUCUGGCCGAAGUGAUCGGAGUUUGCGAGUUGCAGAGAAUGCCAGAAAAAAGAGCGAGGCGGAGGAUCCGUUUGUAUUGGCUUUGAAGUACUUCUCUCAAGUGGAGGAGGGCACACCAUGGAAAGGGAACGAUGUGGUGGAGAGACACAUGGCCGUGGUGGAGAGAGUGGCGCUCAGCCGAGGGCUUCCUCCGGAGGCCAUCUCCGUCCUGCUGGAUUUCGCUAUGAGCCUCCGAAUGGGAACUGCGUUAUGUGUGCGUGUACUGAAGAUUCUGAUCCCAGCCACUGUCGUGCCACAGGAAGCUGUCAUCAAAGGAGUGUCUUGGUUAUGUGUUGGCAAGAUGCCCAUGAACACGCAGACAAUGUUCAUUCGCUGGGUGCUCACUGUUUUUGACUUGAUCGACUCCAAGGACCACCUGCGAGCCAUCUAUGGCUUCAUCUUCAGCUUUGUGACGGACGACAGUCUGUGCCCUUACAUCUGCCAUUUGCUUUACCUGUUGACCAGGAAGGAGAGCAUUCGACAUUACAGAGUGAGAAAACUGCUGGACCUUCAGUCUAAAAUGGGCAGGCAGCCUUUCCUGAUGCAUCUGCUGGCGGUGUACAAAGUCUUCUGUCCGGAGUUGGUCACCCUGUCUUUUCCAUCAAAAAUGAAGAGUGGCUUCCGCAACCAUAACUCCACCUGGAAGGUGGCUCUCAGCGCAGUGCAGAAGAAGAACAAGGCCGAAGUGUUCUCAGACCUCCAGCUGACUGUCAGUGUGAAGGAGCAGCCCACCUCUAAGAAAAGGAAAUUUAAGGGUCACCUGAUGGUACCAGCAAUGAACUCUGCGCCCCGGAUUGGCACCUCUAACAGCAAGGCCUUUCCCCUGGAGCAGCUCCGGACCUUCUCCCAGCUACUGGAGAACCUCCACCGCAUUGAGCUCCCGGCACAGAUGGGCUCCAUGCUCGGGUCCCCUCUGGCCCUCCAUUACAUGGACUGCGUGAGGGACGACUCCGCCUUCCUCAGGCUCAACUUCUGGCUCGGGCAUUCGCUCCAUGAGGAGUUUCUUUUCUGCAGAGACUCCGCCUCUGAAGACAUGACAGAGGCCGUCCGGUUCCUUAAUACUCUCAUCUCCACACAGCGUUUCCUCCAGGAGGGCUUCUCCAGCACCGAGGUCUUCCUCUACAAGUUCCUGAGGGUCUGGGACGGCUCGCUGCUCCGGCCGCAGGUCCUGGGCUUGUUGAGUGACAUCCCUGUGGUGCCCAGCUCACGUAUCAAAGACCUCCUUUUUGAGCCACUGAUGCAACUUUUCUUCACCUCUUCGUUGUAUUUUAAGUGCAGUGUCAUUGAGUGUUUGAACAGCAUGCUUUUGAAGUGGCUGACCUGGCAUUCUGUCUACGCUUUGGAGGACGAGCUCGACAUCAGCGUCACCAGCCACACCCCGCUGAACAUGACUCUGUCUGGGCUGAUGGACUCUGUGGUGCAGCUGGUCCAGUUCGUCGGCCGGAUCUCCACCGUCGGCCUGCAGCUGGAGGGGUAUCACCCUCUGCUUCUCAGCUUCACCCUGGACUUCUAUGAGACGGUAUGCGACAUGUACGUCAAGUAUAACCUGCCCCUGGUGCUCAUGCCACCGGCAGGUGUGUUCUACCCCUCCCUCCUUGCCACCGAUCCGAUUACUGUGGACCGGCUCUGUCACAUCAUGUACAGGUACAGAACAAAUCUGAUCUCUGCCAAGGAUCAAGAACAGCAGACAGAGAAGGCCUUUCACAUCAGCAGAAAGACGUACCGCGAGUUUAACCAGUACGUGGUGUCCAUUGUGAGCUGUCUGUGGAACUCCAGGGUCUUCCUGUCCGGCAUGGGCAUUGAGCUGAGUGACGAGGUGCUGACACAGAGCAAGGUGCCAGAGUACUGGACCACCUUCAACCUCAUCCACCACCCUGCCUUUAUGGGCUAUGCCGUGGAUUUUCACCAAAAGUGCUGGCCAGAGCGGAAGAAGCUGGACCUCAAUUCUAUAAGGACGGGGAAGCGUUGGGACUGGUACGUGGAGUUCCUCUACUCUGAAGGCUUCCGGGGCCUCAAGGAGUUUGUGGAGAGCAGUCUCAACCGCCGCGCGUCCAUCAGAGAGGCUGGAGCGACUGCUGUCGGCUGA